AUGGCCAGUGUAUGCUCUCAGAUCAAUGCGCUGUCCACGGCAAGUUUGAAUGGUUUUUUGGAGAGUUUUGGGAGCUUUAAGAGGAAUACUGAAGAUCUAAAUACUUUCACUCAGGACUUGAUAGAUCAAUUGGCAACAUGCGAUGACCGCAAGCAGCGCAAGCAGCAAGUUCAGUCGUUACUGUAUGAAAUUAUAAUGCUGCUCACUGUCAAUGGCACUGGUGGACUGAGUGUCGAGGAUGCAUGCCAUGUAAUAAAAAAAGUGCAUGCUGCAGAGGGUCCAAAAACAGCACGUUUGUUCAUAGCUCUGUUAAACGGUUUUCCUGAAAAAUCAGAACGUUUAGUGGAGCUGGUGCGAAUUUUGGAUGUGAUGGAUAGCGAUUUCUCUACUUAUGUGAAUGACGACAAGCUGCUGGAGAGCGCAAACAAAUUUACCGCUAAGCAGCGUGCCCUUUUCAAGAAAAGCCUUUUAGACAACGGGUAUAUGAUUCACAAGUACAAUCUGCUAAGUGAACACCCAGUGGCCUAUUCAGAGUUAAUUACCCUUAUGCUGGUAGCUUACGAAGAUCCCGCAAAUUUCGAAAGUGCUGCAAGGUAUUGCCACGAAGCUCAAUGCAUAAUUGGGAAGUACUCACUUGACCCUUUAAGGGCUUUGGACGUGAUUUUGGUGGUAUCAGCUCGCUUUGUCACAACUCAAUACCACUUUUUGGUCCAAUUUUUGAGGGCAUCUGCGUUCUGGCCGGAAGAGACGGCCGAUUGCCGCUUGGCACAAAACCUGAGCAACGGUGGAAGCAUUAUGGCUGCACAGUUGCUCACCAUGCAUUUGAAUAAUGACAAUGUCGACGUUCAGUUUUAUGACAUGGUAUGCGUUCUCGUAAAAGCUGGAUUUGUAUCCUUCACCUCGAUUUAUGAUAAUUUGGGGCCUAGCGACGAAAUUAUUGGGAAGUUCACGGAUAAAUUUUACAUGGACCUGGAGGCUGAUAGUAUGAAAGGGGUAUCUAAUCCAUUAGCAAUGGCUGCCGCCCUUGCAGAUGACACAGAAAAUGAGGAGAAACUGCCAACUGACAAUGAUCAGACUAAUGAGACAGCUGAAAACAUUGAAGAAAAGACGGAGGCUACUGAAGAAAUUAAAGAAAAGGACAUUUUGAAAGGUGGCAAGAUGCUACUUAUACAGAGGCUUCUCGCUCACGGCGCAAUAGUACCGUUUCUUUCUGCCUUUCAGAAAAACUCCCGAUUUUUUAUGGUCAGUCAAGACGUGGCAAGGCUCUACUUAAGGCUCUUUGAGCACUCGAUUACACCCCUUUAUCAUUCUUCCAUUUCUUACAGUUCAGCUUUAGUAACACAAAAAGCCAAAAAGCUUACACCGACGCACGAGGUUUUCCAGACUCUUCAGUCUUACAGUGUCAAUGAUUUCUAUUAUGGUGAGUGCAUGGAAGAUGUGGAAAUGGUCAGCGAUGUUGAAGAACUGUUUAAGGCUUGUCAUCAGUGGCUAUCCCUCCUUGGGCCUCAUAUUGCUCGCAGUCCGUCUGUUGUUUCCAAACUCUGCAGAAUCGGUUUUAAAGAUUUGCAGCUCAGCGAGAAAUGCGAAACAAAACUAAAAGCUUGGUUAAACUUUACGCGAAAAUUCAUUUUCUCUGCCCUUCCUCUUUUGACGGAGAAUAUUGUAAUCAUCAAUGAAGCUUACGAACUCUUUAAACACUUCGACUAUGAACAACGGUUUUUUCUUUACAAUGAAUUAUCCUCUAAACUGUCUCAGGACAAUAUCUUCCUGAAGGCCGCAUGGAAUUCUGCGAGUAGAGAGGCCAAAACCGAGCUCAAGUCACUGAGCAUGGACAAUGUGGAUAAAAAAGGCAAAAACUUUGCGAAGAUAAUAGCGAAAAAUCCUCUGAGCACUUUAGACCCCGUUUUGAACCAGCUAGAAAACUACGAUAAGCUAUCAGACUUGGUUGUAGAAACUAGUCUGCACUUUACACAGUUCACCUACGACGUCUUACAGUAUCAUAUUCUUCUUCGCUUGACGUCUGGAAGAAAGAGUCUACAAGACAGUGGUAUCCAUGUCAUGACGUGGGUGCAGAGAAUAGCUGUUUUCAUUGCUGGUUUAGCAAAAAAGUCGCCAAAAAUGGACAUCACAAACAUAAUUCGCUUUGUGAUCAAGAAGCUACAUCUCAAUGAUAUGAUAGCAGUUACAAUUAUUAGAGAAAUGACUUCUAGAGUAGGAGGUGUGAAGGCCAUCAACGAUUUGAGCCCAAAACAGCUAAUUAUGCUCAAUUCAGGACGUCCUUUGCAGGAGAUAGCUAGGACAGUCAUUCGGGACUCGAGAGCUGACAACAGCCACCCUGCUUUGCGGCUUUUGAAGGUUUUCAUAGACGAAAAUGCAUUAACGGAAGUUAUACUUUUGCUGGAUCACUUAAGCAAAUCUUCCACUGAAGAAGACUCUCACUAUAAGGUGCUGUCAUCGAAAAUUGAUGAUAUCAAUUUACUUUUAUGGGCUUUUAUCGACAUGAGCAAGUACUUUUUAGGAUCGAGAGUAUUUGGUGAAAAUGUAGCCGACUUUGACCAGCUGAUAAGCGAGUACUCUUUAUCGAUAGAGUGGGCUUUUUUUAUCUGGAGAGAGUACUAUGAUGACUUUGCUCACGAUGAUGCUAGACCCAGAGAGCAAUUUGAGCUCGCGAUCGAAAAAGCGAGCUUCAUUCCUCGAGAAUUUGAAGGUGAGCACAAAGACCUCUUCGUUAAAUUCUGGCUUCUCUCGUUAUAUGAUGUUUGCUUCCGUAGAGAGCUUUACGACGACGAAAAACUUACAAUCGAAAACUCUCUCAUGAAAACAAGAUCUAGCAAGAGGAAGCGCGAGCUAUCGAGACAAAUUGAAGGCGUCAUGGCAAGUCGAAUCGCACACCAAAGAGCACACAAUAAAUUUUUAGAAUCGCUUACUGUGUCUUCGAUAAGUGUCGAACGACUUAAAAGUGCAGACAUGAUAAUGCCCUUUUUGCAGUACUGCGUCAUUCCCCGAGUUUUGUUUUCCCCAGCGGAUGCUCUUUUUGUCGUGGCCUUUAUAUGGGAGACUUUUGGUUUUUCUGGUGCCUUGGACAUUUUCGAGGACAUUGUGACAACUAGAAUCCUCGGGCCAUUGCUGUUCAGUUCCACGACUUCAGAGGCUAGUAACCUGGGCUUAUUUCUAGCGACCUACCUUGAAAAGCUAGAAUGUCGCAGAAAGCAGAAGGAGAUUUCUGGGCAUGAUCUCAAAAGACUGUUUAAGGCUCAAAGCCUUAUCGCAGAAGAUGUCGUGAACCUAAUUUUGGAACAAAACUACAUGUCAAUUCGUAACGGAAUUGAGUUCAUGAAACACCUGUCUGCAGUCUUUCCGGUUGUAAAAUAUGAUAUCCUGCAGAUGACUGAAGCCAUGGAGAAACUGAUUGCGGUAGACAAAAGAGAAGACAUCCUUUUACCAAGCAACGCCUUGGUAGGUCAUCUCAAAGCGCGCUUGAAAACCGCUCUGGACUUGGAUGCCUUCUACAGCAUGAGUGAGGAAGAGAAGGUAAGCUUCGAUUUCGAAAAGAAAGAUUUGGUUAUGAAAUAUCAUAAAGCCUUAGAGGAAGAGGAGAACGAAAAGAGACUAAAGUCUAAUGCCGAAAGAGAAAUUGAGAGCAAGCAAGGAAACGAGUCAACGCAAGCAAAUGAAACUGCGAUCGAAAGGGAUUCGGCCUCACAUGUCAAUUCCAGAUUCGGUAGAGUUCCACCUCUACCAAUGUAUGAAAUACUCAAUGAAAUGUGGGACGUUGAAAAGUGCCUGGAAGCAAACAGGACAGCUUACCUCUAUCGUCAUAUGAGAAACAAAACUCUUCUAUCGCAAUUACAAAAAAUCGAAAAAGAGACGAUUAUGAACCCUGAGGAAUACAGGUCUCAACUUGCGGAGCUCUUGGAGUCUUUCUAUCGAAGUCUUGUAAGUUCUGUGAACCAUGAAAAAUUCAAGCUGCGAUUGAGCGGUAUAUUGCGCGCUUGUAAAUCCACAACAAAUCCAUAUGGCACGAAGAAAAAAACCGAAGGCAGAUACCAGGCGCCUCCUAUCGAGUACGAUGACGAACCAACUUCGUCUUCGACAACCGUACCAUCUAAGAAACGAAUUGCGGAAUCUAGGUCGACCGCAUCAGUAGUUCAUGCUGAUGAAAACAAGAGACCUUCUAGAUACAGCGGCAUAAAAGCAACUGAACAGAAUGAAAAUAGACUCGGCAAGUCGAACGGAAAUAAAAAGGCCGUUUCAAGUCGACGCGACCCCGGCAAACCCGACAGUGGUCUCGACAAAGGACAUUUCUCGAGUGCUCUGAACAUCAAGUCCUCUAAGGGUCCUGGGUUGAGUGGCCCUGAAACUAGUUCAAGUAGAGCAGGUUCGCGUUACGAGAGAAAGGCUAUUACUCCAGUUGGUGGAGAGACUGGAAACUUCAACAAAGCUCAGUCGCCCAUUCCUCGUGGUCCCGCUCGCACUGCAUCACAGCGUAGUGGUACUUCCAAUAGUCGAUUUGGAGAUGCUUCGGCGAAUCAAAGUAAAAUAAGCAAUCGAAGCAGCUUAGAAAGCCCACGGUUUGAAUCCACGAAGCGCCCCAGAGAUGAAAGUGUCUCCACAGCAUCUAAUAAAAGAGGGAAACCUGACUCUGGUGUUGAUCGUAGUCGUUUCUCAAAUCAAGCACAUGGAGCAGGACCGGAUCUGAGUGACCGGAUGACUUCAAAACAGCCUCCCAAACAAACAGGCCGAUUCGAUAGCAGACAUCACGGUGAAAGGUCUAGCGACACAUUUUCCUCUAAACUUCCUUCCGGACCUCGCUCACAUAAAAGUCGAUCUAGCCGCGAGAGUCGCGCUAGCCCAGUCCCAGAAAACUCAACGCCGCAGCAGAGCAGGUACCAAAAAUAG